CCCCGCGGCUCAGACCGACGGGCAGACAUGGCGGGGCGGCCGGAGGUGGAGCGCAUCGCCAGGAGGCUGGAGAAGAUGGUGCAGAAGAAGGACACGACUGGCGCUCUGGACCUGCUGCAGGAGCUGAAGAGCGCUGAGAUGUCCCUGGAGACCCUGCAGGCCACCAGAGUUGGGAUGUCGGUGAACGCGGUGAGGAAAGAGAGUUCAGACACGGAAGUUCAGACUUUGGCCAAAGCCCUGAUCAAAUCCUGGAAGAAGCUGCUGGAGGGGAAGUCCGAAGACAAGGAGAAGAAAAAAGAAGCUUCUUCUCCCUCGUCGACCUCCAGCGACUCUGCUCCGGCCAAGCAAGGCAGCAAAACACCGGAGGAGAGCCCCCCCGCCCCGAACGCCCCCCCCAGCUCCGCCUCCGCCCCCCCCGCCCGGGUCGCCUCCUUUCCCGCGGCCCCCGUCACGUCCGACAGCGUGAGAAACAAGUGCCGAGAGCUGCUGGUUUCCGCCCUGCAGACCGACGAUGACUACCGGACCAUCGGCGUGGACUGCGUCUCCCUCGCCGCGCAAAUCGAAGAUGAGAUCUACCAGGAGUUCAAAUCCACCGACGUGAAGUACAAAACCCGGCUGCGGAGCCGCAUCUCCAACCUGAAGGACCAGAAGAAUCCCGACCUGCGGCGGAACGUCCUCGGUGGAACCAUCUCCCCUCAGCGCAUCGCGUCCAUGACGGCCGAGGAGAUGGCCAGCGCCGAGCUGAAGCAGAUCCGGGAGGCUCUGACCAGGGAGUCCAUCCGGCAGCACCAGCUGUCCAAGUUCGGCGGGACGGAGACGGACAUGUUCGUGUGCAGCAGGUGUCAGGGGAAGAGCUGCACCUACACCCAGGUGCAGACCCGCAGCGCCGACGAACCCAUGACCACCUUUGUUUUGUGUAACGGUUGCGGCAACCGAUGGAAGAUUGACCCUGCGGUCUCCUGCAGCCAAUCAGGAGUGCUCGUCCAUGUGGGCGACGGACAGUGGAGAGGUCAAAGCUGAGAGGUCACAG